AUUUUGAUCCCCACGAAUACGAACGCCAAAGGUAGACAUACUUGCAUAGCGUCUGGGCCAGUUUUAUCUGUGUGGAGGAAUGUAGUCAUCGGAUGUCGAUAAUUGCAUCUCUUCAACCUGGAUGAUGAUGACUAGUAGAAACUCCGUCGAUGAUGACGACGACGACGAAACAACGACGUCUAGUGAUGGCACGACGUCGUCGUCAGAAAGCGACGGCGAAGCGACCCCGGCACACAACGGUAGCGCCCUGAAUUCGCUAGCAAUACGCAAAGAUGGAAUGGCUGUGUGUGAACGCUGCGGUACCGUGGGGGUGAAACAUGCUUUUUACUCAAAAACGAAGAGGUACUGCAGCCUCGCAUGUUCCAGAGGAGUUUUGCGUCUCGGAGCUGGAAAGAAUCCGCUCCCUCAGGCAAAAGUGAAGCAUUCAAACCAAUCCUCAAAGUCCAAAUAUGAUCUCACCGCUUCUUUUGACUGGAAGCCAUAUCUUCAACGAGCGGAUUUUGUUGCAGCACCAGUUUCUUGUUUCAGACAUGUGGCGUUUGCGGACUGCUGGGACAAUGUCACCGUGGGUAUGAAAGUGGAGGUGGAGAAUAAAGACUGUGAGACCUUCAAGCAUGUCUUCACAAACUUCUACUGGAUAGCAACUGUCAUUAAGAUAGCAGGCUAUUCUGCUAAGCUGCGCUACGAGGGCUUUGGGAUGGACGACAGUCACGAUUUCUGGGUCAACCUUUGCGUCGACGCCGUCUACCCCGUUGGUUGGUGCGCAUCUCAGGGAAAGCCCCUUAUACCUCCCAAAACAAUUGAGCACAAGCAUGGCGAUUGGAAGCAGUUCCUUGUGAAGCGCCUCACUGGAGCUCGUACGUUACCUGCAAACUUCCACUCUAAGGUGCAAGAGAGCAUACGUGGCAAGUUCCCCGUAGGAUUAAAGCUUGAAGUGGUGGAUAAACGACGCAUCUCUUCAGUUCGUGUUGCAAGAGUCACGGAGAGCAUCGGAGGGCGCAUUCACAUUGUUUACGAAGGCAUCGAAGACGACGGAUUCUGGUGUCAUGAACGAUCUCCUCUUAUUCAUCCGAUAGGCUGGGCGCAAGUGAUCGGACACGAUCUUCGGGCGACUACAGAGUAUGCAAAGGCAUCGCUCGAAAAAGCGUUGCUCAGGAAGUGCAGUGGAGACGAAGCUUCGUGGGAUAUGUUCCCUGCAGUUCAGACUCCACCAUGCGAGCUGAAAUUCCGCGAGGGAAUGAAGCUAGAGGCCAUCGACCCCCUCAACCUGUCCACCAUCUGCGUAGCUACCGUUACCAGAGUCCUCCGCAAUAACUAUCUCAUGAUCGGCAUCGACGGAAUGAUGGCUGCCAACGGCUCAGAUUGGUUCUGCUACCAUGCCUCGUCCCCGUGUAUCUUUCCAGUUGGAUUCUGCGAACUCAACCAUAUUGAUCUCACUCCUCCGCGAGGCCACAAAGGAGAAUUCCGCUGGUAUGAGUACCUUCGCCAGACAAAGUCUUUAGCAGCUCCAGUGUCCCUGUUCAAGAAGGACAUUCCAAAUCACGGUUUCCAAGAAGGAAUGCAUGCAGAAGCCGUGGACCUGAUGGAGCCCCGUCUAAUCUGUGUGGGGAAGGUUACUAAAGUUGUAGGACGGCUGCUGCGAGUACAUUUUGACGGCUGGGACGAGUCCUACGACCAGUGGUGUGAUUGUGAGAGCCCCGACCUAUUUCCUGUAGGGUGGUGUCAGAUGGUGCGUUACCCCCUUGAACCUCCCAGGCAACCAGACACAGGGUACCUCAAGAAGAAAAAAAAGUAUCAGGCAUACAAAGGCCCUCGAAGAAUGAUCCACGCAGUUCCCCAAAAAGAACAGCUCAAGUUUUCUGCACACCUCGGCUCGUGCAUGCUUGGAUUUCCUGAAUAAAGUACCAGUUUUGGCCUGUUGGCCACAUAUAAAAUCGCUAAAACAGUGUCUAAAAACAGUAAGGACGACACAGGAUGGACGCAUUGUUUCUAGCACUGUUUUAGCGAUUUUAUUUGGAUUUCCUGACUGUGCUCUCUCCCCAAAACUGGAAGCACUGCAGAACAGGGCCCGACAUUUGGGAUUGCUCUAUCGGUAAUUACGCCAUCAUGGCACAUGCACAGCCGUGCUCGCUUGUGUGUACGCCAGACUGCUUUGUUCCAAACACGUUCCUACAGUUUAUUUCUAAAUUCGGGCAAUAAAAGUAGUCGAAAGUUAGUAAUAGUCUCUAAAUGCUAUUGCAGUAGAUGAGCUAGGUGCAAACGAUGCUGUAUGAUGUUGGCAGCCUAGAAUACCACAAUAUUGAUGUUCACCGCCUGAGCAGCGUCAGUAACAGCAUCAACAUGUGUCAACAGUGCCAGAAAGAGAGUCUGCAAAAUGACCGAUGGGUAGGGGGAUUAUAGAAGAUCUGUACCAAUCUCUCCUCCUAUUGUUCUGAUAUAGUACCUUCAAAUCUAUCAGAAUUUUAUCUUCUACGGGUGUAAUUUUAUGGUUCCAAGGGUGUAUGAACGUGGCAAAAGGAAAAAAAAAAAGUUUCAGCCAAGAUAGCAUUGUCAGGAUUUCACUCUAGUGUUGUCCUAUGGGUAAUCCGUAAUGACUUUACCAAAAUAUGAAUGUAUUUUGUGAUAUUACUCUAAAGUUAUCAGAAUACAACAUAUUGAUCCACAUGAUACACUUUCCAACAUCUCAUUUGGAAGUCCACAUCCUGUUUUAUAUAGUACAGUCUUGAGUCGAUACCAGCUAUUCAUUAAAUGCAUUGUUAUCAAGGAAAGAUCCGAAGCUAAGAUCCAUCAUUCCAGCAUUUUUUCUUCAGGCACCAUUUUCAUGAAGCUUGUAAUUUUUAAAGGUUAUAACACCAGUUCAUAAUAUCUGCAGUUGCAGAUUUUUUUUCCCCCUCGCUUGAUAGUUAAUUUGUACAAUGAGGCCACAGAGAGUCACAUAGACUCUGAUGGUCUCUUCCCUGGGAAAAGUGUAUUUAUGUUAACAUUACAUUAACAUCUCAAAGUCGUAUACACUCCUCAUACCAUUCCUCAGCGUCGCCUGAAGAUAGUAGGACAAUAC